UUGUCAUGACUUGGUGGGAGCAAACAACAAUUAAAGGGUCCAUUGGAUAAUGCGAGUGGCAUGUCGGGAUGUGGUGUAUUUAUAAGAAGCUCUUGAAAUGACGCUCCGAAAAAGAAAUAAUAAUAAUAAGGCUCAAUCUCUAUCGUCGAAAUUUCAGUGCAUCAGAUGCCACGCUAUGAUGCGGUUGUCGACAGCACUCGUAGAAUUGGCGCACCAAGACGCCCAUCAUCCUCCAAACCCGUUGGACGAUGUCAUCCCUCUCUUUCCCUGCGUUUCCAUGCUCAGGCACUGGUAUCGAUCGUCGUUGCCGUUUCAUCUUCUUCAGGUCGUAGUCGAUUCUCGUGUUAUAUAAAGGGCCUACAAGGCCAAGCGAAAAUGAAGAAAAAGAAAAAGAGCCUCCCAUUAUACCUUGUGUCCUGCACCCCUUCGUCGCUUCUUCGUCGACCCCUUUUCGUUCCCUCUUGGACAUGGUACCGUUUCCCGAACGCCGUCUUGAUGGUGGUUGUUGUUGAUAUGUACUUCGCCCGACGGAAGUGGCGGGCCUCGGUCUCGGAAGCUGGGGUGUUGUCCGAAAGAGGAGGCGACAUGUACACUUCAUUAGUCGUUGCCGUUCAUGCUGGAUGAUAUUCUCUUUGUAGUUGUUGUUGGUGGUGGUGGUGGUGGUGGUGGUGGUGGUGG